AGAGAACCGCAACCGCUCCAGGGCGAUGUAGUUACGAUGGCUGAUCAAUAAUUCCUACAACAGCAUAUACCCACGCCCAAUCCUGAAGGUGACUUCUUAAUAUCAUACCCUCUCUCUACGCAUUGCAUCGCGUCUCCAACAUGACCGCGUCAUCCGCCAUACAAAUCCAGGACCAGAAGUUCGAGGAAGUUGGUCUUACCAAGACAAUCGUGAACGCCGAACGCGUAUGUACAUAUAGUCGAGGUUUGACGUCCCUCUCGGAGAAGAACCCAGUAUUAGUCCUGCUCCACGGAUAUCCUCCCAUUCUUGGCGCCAUAGUGCUAUAUCCAGUUCAUCCCCCUCCUCUUACCAGAGAUCCCAUUAAUCAUCGUGCCCAGAUCUCCCGGGCUACGGAGCCUUGGCGCCGAUCCAAGAAACCGACAAACUCAGCGUCGGCGGUGCCAUUCUUGCCGCUCUGGAGACAACUCGUCACCUGCUCCUCUCCAUCUAAAACACCGCCUACGCCCAUCCCCGUGAUUCUCGUUGGACACGACCGCGGCGCGCGAGUGGCCCCAUCGUGUCUCGGCGUCUCUGGGGGGCGAGGGCGUGGAUAUCAGAGGUAUCUGUGUACUCGGCAUUGCAAAUAGGUUUUUUGCCCACUUACAGCCAUAUCGGAUACAUUA